AUGUUUGCCUCAGCUUCAGCCCACAGCAUUGGCUCACCUGCAGCCUUGCUGCAUAUUCUAGGGUGCCGGUACCUGCCAGGCGAUGCCCUCUGGCCCUCGGCGGCCGAGUGGCAAGCCCUGAACCGUUCCGUGGGUGGCCGGCUGAUCGCGGGCCAGCCCUUGGCACAGGUCUGCUAUGGGAGUAACCGCGACGAGGCGGCCUGCGAGAGGCUGCGCAGCGAGUGGACGCUGCAGCAGACAUACUUUCCCGACCCCGUCCAUGUCAUGUCGCCCUACUUUCUGAACAACUCGUGCACGCCCUUUGCGGAGGACCCGAGCGUGUUCGAGUCGGCGGCGGCGUGCAAGAUGGGCAACGCGCCGGCGUACGCCAUCAACGUCAGCAGCGCGGCGGACGUCCAGGCCGGGUUCCGGUUCGCGCGCGACAAGAACGUGCGGCUGGUGGUCAAGAACACGGGGCACGACUACCUCGGCCGGUCCAACGGGCAGGGCGCGCUGUCGCUGUGGACGCACAACCUCAAGGACAUGACCUUCCUGAACUACUCGAGCAGCCAGUACACCGGCCCGGCCGUGAAGCUGGGCGCCGGCGUGCAGGCCUUUGAGGUGUACGCGGCCGCCGCGGCUCGCGGCCUGCGCUUCGUCGGCGGCUUCUGCCCCACGGUCGGGGUCGCCGGCGGCUUUGUGGGCGGCGGCGGCCACGGGCUGCUGAUGGGCGCGUACGGGCUGGCGUCGGACAACACGCUCGAGUUCGAGGUGGUGACGCCGCGCGGCGAGCACCUCGUGGUGAGCCCGACGCGGCAUUCCGACCUCUUCUGGGCCCUCAACGGCGGCGGCGCGGGCACCUACGCGGUGGUCGUGUCGCAGACCACGCGGCUGCAUCCCGACGGGCCCGUGGCUGGUGCGUUCGUCACGGUCAACAACCGCGCCAGCGCCAACGCCCACGCCAACGCCACCACCACCGCCAACAACGAUGCGUUCUGGCAGGCCGUGACCAAGUGGCAGGGCCACCUGUUCGCGCUCGACGUCGUCCCGGGCCUGACGACCGAAUGGUCGCUGACCAACACGACGCUCCAGAUCCUCGUCACGCUCCUCGACGGCAGCACCUCGCAGGUAGACGCCCUCCUUGCGCCGUUCCUCGCCGCGCUGACCGACCUUCGUCUGCCCUUCACCAACACGACCAGCUCCCUGCCCAACUUCCACGCGCAUCUGUCCACGUACGUGGCCGCACGCUCCGCCGCGGCGCUCACGGCCGCGUUCCGCACCAUCACCAGCCAGGCGUCGACGUCGGCGUGGACGGUCAACGGGAUCGCCGGCAACGUGUCCCCAUCGCGCGUGGCCCGCGGCGUGCGGGGGAUCCCGCCGCCGACGGCCGUGCACCCGGCGUGGCGCGACGCGCUCUACUUUGUCAACAUGGACGUCUACUGGGACCCGGCGUCGCCGCUGGCGGAGCUGCGCGCGCUGGAGCGCCAGAUGGUGGCCAACCAGGACCUGCUGCGCCGCCUGACGCCCGGAGGCGGCGGCUACAUGAACGAGGGCGCCUUCGACACGGCCCAGUGGCGCGACGAGUACUACGGCCCCAACUACGGCCGCCUGCUGAAGGUGAAGCGCACGCACGAUCCGGACUUCGCCCUGUACGGCCUUGCGUCGGUCGGCAGCGACUACUGGGCGGCCCAGGCUGAUGGCAGGCUGUGCCGUGCCUCGUGAAAGUAAAAAGGGGUUGCGCAGUUCGAGUUGUUGGAUAUAUGUGGGGAGCGGAAUGUGAUAUUAGAAUAGAAAGUAAGGUGGAGUGUAUGGCCUUCAUCCCGCGAGGGAUUUUGUAUGACUAGUAGUAGUAGGAACCUUUUGUGUAUUAGAAGUUAUUGCACGUCCGUUAGAGUACAAGGGAAACGAUUUUUAGAGAAAGAGGUUGGCAUUAAUACGACCAGGAUAUACUUCCCAGCUGAUCCUUUCAUAUCCUCUCUCCCGAGAACUGAAUACCAUCAUCUCCAUGCUAACCUGAAGAGGUCUCCCUCGAGGGCGGCUGGGCUGGCCGAACAUAUAAUCGCUUUGGUGGGUGGGAAUUCUUCCAACUUAAAGGCUGCAGAGCAA